AUGCGGUUGCCAUAUAAAGGGUUUUUUUUAUUGAGUCUACUGACCAGCCUCGAGUACAAUGAUGAUGUACAGACGCCUUACCUCGAGUACAAUGAUGGACAGACGCCUUACCUCGAGUACAAUGAUGGACAGACGCCUUACCUCGAGAACAAUGAUGAUGUACAGACGCCUUACCUCGAGUACAGUGAUGGACAGACGCCUUACCUCGAGUACAAUGAUGAUGUACAGACGUCUUACCUCGAGUACAAUGAUGUACAGACGCCUUACCUCGAGUACAAUGAUGGACAGACGCCUUACCUCGAGAACAAUGAUGAUGUACAGACGCCUUACCUCGAGUACAGUGAUGGACAGACGCCUUACCUCGAGUACAAUGAUGAUGUACAGACGCCUUACCUCGAGUACAAUGAUGCACAGACGCCUUACCUCGAGUACAAUGAUGCACAGACGUCUUACCUCGAGUACAAUGAUGCACAGACGCCUUACCUCGAGUACAAUGAUGGACAGACGCCUUACCUCGAGUACAAUGAUGAUGUACAGACGCCUUACCUCGAGUACAGUGAUGAUGUACAGACGCCUUACCUCGAGUACAGUGAUGGACAGACGCCUUACCUCGAAUACAAUGAUGAUGUACAGACGCCUUACCUCGAGUACAAUGAUGCACAGACGCCUUAUCUCGAGUACAAUGAUGCACAGACGCCUUACCUCGAGUACAAUGAUGGAUGUCCCUAUAAGCGUGAAUUCAAUAAUAGAUUCAGAUCGCCGUGA